UUUGAACACACUCACAGACGGUAGUUCGUUAGAUUUAUAAUAAGACGCGUGUAAUAUCUUUUAAAUGAUAAAAUAUAUCGUAAUAUUAACGUAACUCAGUAUAUUAUCGUUUGCACGUAGAGUGACAAUAUAAAAUGAUAGCGUCAAUUAUUUCUCUUUACAUUUCGUCUUUUAAUGCAGCCGUAAAUUUCUUUACGCGUCUUGUGUUGAUAUUGUUGACUGCGUGUGUUUAUCAUGGUUUUGUAUUGGCUGAAGUUUUUUUAAACCACUAUUCAGUGUUUUCGCCGUACUUGGCUAAGCCCGCUGGUGGUGUUUUGUGUGUAGUUACGGAUGUGUUAAGUUAUUUUGUGAGGAUCUGUGCAGUGCAGACAAUCAUGAUGAACGCGUUCAUGCGAAGGUUCCUCCGCUUCAUGGUGUCACUGCUGGCGAUUAUAGUCGUGCCUCUGACAUUCCUGCUGAACCUGAGGAGGAACAAGAAAUGUCCGCCACCCAUGAACCCUCUGCUCUUCAAGUCCGCUACUCAGUUAGCAGAAAUGAUAAGGACUAGACAGGUCACGUCAGAGCAAGUUGUAGAAGCUUACAUAGAGAGAUGCAAGGAAGCCAAUCCCUAUUUGAAUGCUAUCGUCGAACCAAGAUACGAUGCCGCGCUGCGAGAAGCUAGGGGCAUUGAUAAGAUGAUAACGUCGACGGAUAGGACGCCUGAAGAUCUGGAGAAAGAAUACCCGCUGUUAGGCGUUCCUAUGACUGUGAAGGAAAGCAUAGCUGUAGAAGGCAUGAGCAACGAUUGUGGUACAGUGUACCCAUAUAGGAACCCAGCGAAGAGAGACGCGGCUGUUAUAAGGUUAGCAAGAGCUGCUGGGGCUAUUCCCAUCGCUGUCACCAACACACCACAACUCUGCAUGAAUUGGGAAACCUAUAACAACGUGAUUGGUAUCACCACGAACCCGUAUGAUCAGAAGAGGACCACUGGUGGAUCUUCGGGUGGAGAAUCGGCGUUGAUCUCAGCAGCAGGAUCUGUGAUCGGUGUUGGAUCAGACAUUGCUGGAUCUCUCCGACUGCCGCCCAUGUUCACUGGAAUAUUUGGACACAAACCUACCCCCAGACUCCUCUCCGUUGAAGGUCACAUACCAGACUGCUUAGAUCCUGACUUCGAAGAAUACUUUACACUUGGACCUAUCGCGCGCUACGCAGAAGACCUAACUUUACUCUUAAAGGUGUUGAGGCAACCUGGUGGACCGGAGGUGCCCUUCGACAAACCGGUUGAUAUUUCAAAACUGAAGUUCUACUACAUGGAUGGUGAUGGCAGCAAUGUGACCGAUCCCAUCGGUCCUGAUGUCAGACAAGCAAUGGAGAAAGCCAAAGAUCAUAUUAAGAAAACCUAUAACAUUGAAGUUAAACCGCUGAAAAUCAAACACAUAGAACACAUGUGGGAAACGAGCAUCAGAAUUCUAUUGAACAUCAAGCACGUUCGCAACAUCUACACGGACCCAGAGAAACGCGACCAAUGGGUCUCAGUAUGGCCCGAAGUCCUGAAGACAUUAAUAGGCAUGUCCAACCACAAUUUCAUAUGCGUAUGCUACGGACCACUAACAAAAUUCUUCGACGCACUACCAAAGAGUUACUACAAGAAACUGCUCUCCAUUUUUGACGAAAUCAAGGCUGAGUUUGAGAAAGUACUAUCCGAUGACGUAGUACUCCUGCACCCGACGUUCCCAACUCCAGCACAUCUGCACUACAGGAUCUACUACAAAUUCCUCAACUGUGGAUAUCUCACGAUGUUCAAUGCACUUGGGUUGCCUGUUACUCAGUGCCCGAUUGGGCUUUCAAGGAAAGGUCUGCCCGUUGGCAUUCAGAUCGCCGCCAACAAAUGCAAUGAUCAUCUAACUAUCGCUGUUGCUAAGGAAUUUGAGAAGGCGUUUGGAGGCUGGGUACCCCCGAACAAAGAACUAGCCAACAGUAUAAAGACUGCGUAAACAUUAGCUUUUUAAGGAUUAUUCGGAUUGAAAUUUUCGCCUGUAGAUACCAAAAAACAUUUUUUUGUGAAACUUCUAAUGGAUGAUCGUAGCACAGGGUUUUACAGGGUCAAAAUGUUAUGCCUUCAAGUUAGAGAGGUCUAUUUGGUGAGAAGGGUCUUAACUGCACCAUUUUCCUUUGAGAUCAAUGUAUCCCCUCUUCUAAUAGGUAUACCUGAAAUGUUGCAGCUGUUUAUUUAUUUCAUUUGUUAUUCCAUCUUAGAUUGUUAUCUUUAAACUUUAGAUUCCUAGUAACGGGACUGACAUUUUCUAAGAUACUUCAACAGGUAUUGACUAUAUUCUACUCUAUCACAAUUUCUACCUUCCUGAGGAUGUUGCCUUCACUAAAGUAUUACCUAAUGUUGGUGUUAAUUAUAAGACUUUGUUUCGUAAUACUUAGGCCGUAAGACUUAAAACAUGUUGUUGUUACACAUAUAUUUCUGUCCUUCUCUUGCACUUAUCAAAAAUAAUUAAGUAGAAAGAAGACAGGAAUAUUGCUUAGCCAAAGCAAGUGACAAACGAAUGUAUAUUUAUCUCGAUCUUAGUUCUAAGGUACGUUUAGGUAUACAACACAAAUAUUUUGUAUAUUUUUACGCUAUUUAGUUAAGCUAUGAGGUAAGAUACAAUGUAAAUGUGAUAUUAAGACAUCUGCCUAUUAUUCGAAUGUAACUUAUUUACCUAAAUAAAUAUUUUCGUUUAUAA